UGGCUUCGGGAAUCGGCCAUCUACAAGGAUGCUGUCGACGCCGCUACAGCGCAGCAGAGCAGACAAAUCAGGUUCGCGAGAGCUCGUAGAUGCUCGAAUAACUUGUUGAUCGUACUCAUAAAAGCAAACCUUGGAUACGUUUCAGCAGACGACGGUUACGACCGCAGCAGUUUGAACAUGUCAGGACUAAAGGAGAAUCUGCCCUGGAGUCUGCGUCUUAAUGGAAUAGUAAAUCACUGACGUCUCUUGAUUUUAAUCAUUUUCAUGUUUACAAUCUCUCAACAAUAAGGGGCAAGGAUGGGGGCUACAAGAGAGCGUGUACGUGUUAAUUCUUGGGCCGUGUUGUGUGUUCUGAGCUAAUACGAACCUUCAGAACCAGCACAAAAGAGAUGGAAAAGACAUCAGCAGGAAUGAACAAGCCAAGCUCUCGGUCGACAGCGUCUCUUCCCCCGGAACCGGGGGAUAUUGUCCAGAGUAUGGCUUGCUACCGCCGGGUGAAGCUCAACGUCGGAGGUCUUCCGCAUGAGGUCUUGUGGAGAACCCUUGACCGGCUGCCGCGAACGCGGCUGGGCAAACUGCGGGACUGCAAAACACAUGACUCGCUAAUGGAGGUAUGCGACGACUACAACCUGGACGAAAACGAAUACUUCUUCGACCGGCACCCUGGUGCGUUCACGUCAAUCCUGAAUUUCUAUCGUACCGGCAAGCUGCACAUGAUGGAGGAGAUGUGCGCGCUGUCCUUCAGCCAGGAGUUGGACUACUGGGGCGUCGAUGAGAUUUACUUGGAGUCCUGCUGCCAAGCACGCUACCAUCAGAAGAAAGAACAGAUGAAUGAGGAACUGAAGCGCGAGGCCGACACAUUGAAAGACCGAGAGGGCGAGGAGUUUGACAACACGUGCUGCGCCGAAAAGCGCAAGAAACUUUGGGAUCUCCUCGAGAAGCCGGGUUCUUCAGUAGCAGCCAAAAUCUUGGCCAUCAUCUCCAUCCUGUUCAUCGUGCUGUCCACCAUCGCCCUGUCCCUGAACACCCUCCCCGAGCUGCAGGACAUGGACGAGUUCGGCCAGGCCACCGACAACCCGCAGCUGGCACACAUCGAGGCCGUGUGCAUCGCCUGGUUCACCAUGGAGUACCUGCUGCGCUUCCUCUCCUCGCCCAGCAAGUGGAAGUUCUUCAAGGGCCCGCUGAACGUGAUCGACCUGCUGGCCAUCCUGCCCUACUACGUCACCAUCUUCCUGACCGAGUCCAACAAGAGCGUACUGCAGUUCCAGAACGUGCGGCGCGUGGUGCAGAUCUUCCGCAUCAUGCGCAUCCUGCGCAUCCUCAAGCUGGCGCGCCACUCCACGGGCCUGCAGUCGCUGGGCUUCACGCUGCGGCGCAGCUACAAUGAGCUGGGCCUGCUCAUCCUCUUCCUCGCCAUGGGCAUCAUGAUCUUCUCCAGCCUGGUGUUCUUCGCCGAGAAGGACGAGGACGACACCAAGUUCAAGAGCAUCCCGGCCUCGUUCUGGUGGGCCACCAUCACCAUGACGACGGUGGGCUACGGCGACAUCUACCCGAAGACACUGCUGGGGAAGAUCGUCGGCGGACUUUGCUGCAUCGCCGGCGUGCUGGUGAUCGCGCUUCCCAUUCCGAUCAUCGUCAACAACUUCUCGGAGUUCUACAAGGAGCAGAAGCGGCAGGAGAAGGCCAUCAAGCGGCGGGAGGCCCUGGAGAGGGCCAAGCGCAAUGGCAGCAUUGUGUCCAUGAACGUGCGCGAGGCCUUAUCCCGCGGCACCGAGCUGCUGGACGUGGUGGUGAUGGAGAGGGGAGGAGGAGGAGGAGGGGCGGGAGACAAGCCCCACGACAACCACCUCUCGCCCAGUCGCUGGAAGUGGUCCUCCAAGCAGCCUGCCCUGGACGACGGGUCCAAUCACUCCUACAACAUGGAGCAGGGCUCCCCUAGCAAGGCCCGGGGGGACGCCUGCCCGCCCCAGCACCUCAGCGCUCAGAAGCUGGAGGAGAUCUACAACCAGAUGGCCAAGACCCAGUCGCAGCCCAACCUCAACAACGCUAAUGGCACGCGAGCCACCGCCACUCGGCGGGAGGAGAUGGAGCUGGGGGCUCUGCCGGGCCCAGAGGCGCACAACGCCCUGGGAGGGCGAGACGGCGUGUCCGACAUGAAGAGCCUGUCCAGCAUCGACAGCUACAUCAGCUGCGCCACAGACUUCCAGGAGAACCCGCGGGGUUUCCCCUACAGUCCGGCAACGAGCCUGGUGCUGCAGGAGGGCCAGCGCUUCUCUCACAGCCCCGCCAGCAAGCGGCCGUCCAGCCUGCAGACCCCUCUGGAGCACCAGGAGGCUCUGCUCAUCCCGCCGUGCUCCACCAUCAAACCCCCGGGGCCUGAGGGCACCACCAGGCACCACAAGCCCCUGGGGAACCCGCUCAAGGUGGGCCAUGCCUACCGGGUUCGGUACCCCAGCGGGGCCGGAGGUGGAGGAGGUGGAGGAGGGGAGUCCAGUCCCGCCAGCGGGGGCGGCCCUCAGUCGGACAGCUCCGUCCUCUCUGACCGCUCGCUCCUGAGCCCCGAGGUGUCCGUCUACACGACGGCCAGCAGCCGCACGCCGCCCAAGAGCCCGGAAGGUUCCACGACCCCGGCCAUUUUCACCUUCCACGACGCCUCCAUCAACCGGUACAUCGACGCCGACACCGACGACGAGGAGCACCGACCCGUCGACCGCCUCCUGGGCGGCGCCAGCGCCAAGACGGGGUGCGCUGCCGUCGCCACGGGAACCAACCACCUGGAGGCGGCCCAGAGGCUGCUGGGACAGAACUGCUUGCUGCGCCCGGAAGGCGGUCGCCCAGGCAGCGGUCAGGAGAACCACCUGGGCUCUGACCAGCUAUGGAGGCCCAGGGCAGACAGAUCGGGACGUUCUCAAACCUUCAAUGAUAACCACUGAGAGCCCACGAGGGGCAUCCGAACGCAGAGAGAGGGGGAGGGAGGACGCCACAGAGAGAGAGAGAGAGAGAGAGAGAGAGAGAGAGUGAUAGACAUAUUGCUGGCAGUAAGAGAAGGACGUGUUUGCCGCCUUUUGACCGUUUACAAACCUUUUGGUACCUGGCAAAAAAAGGGAAAAACUGCCAGAGCCAGGAGACGUAGGGCUGCCGGUGUGGUGUGGUGUCCCUCUGACAGCAGCCAGCUGGCUGCACCCUACCCCCUCCUCCCUCCCUCGCUCCAAUCACAUCCCAUCUUUGUCAAGACCCCCCUUUAACUGCAGGGUACGGCAGCGUCCUCUGUACUGAGCCUCCCCAACAACAUCUGCUCUAUGAUGCUGAGACCGAUUGAGUGGAGGAAGCUCGGGAUGGAGUCACUGUCUGUCUAAGUGUGGCUUAG